CGGCUUGCUGCCGGCUCAUCGCCAGGGCUGGCUGUAUCGAAACGAACAAACAAUUCCCCUCCAAAUGGAUGGCGGAAUGCCGCGGAAGCGCAUGGGCAACGGUUGCCGUACAUGCAAAUUGAGACAUGUCAAAUGUGACGAAUCCAAGCCCCAUUGCAAUCGGUGUCUGAAGGCUCGGCGCAGAUGUCUCGGAUACUCGGUGACAACAAAAGAUGAUGCUUCUUCUUCCCCGGUGGCUUUUCUCGUCAUGGCUCAAGGCUCAAAUCGACCGGAAUGUGAUGCCAAAGCUCGGCGGGCAUUUCAAUUCUUCUACGAGGUAUGUCAGGCUUCUUUUUCACGGUACGAAAAGAACAGUGCCGUCUGGACCAGGAUGGUGUUGCAGGCCAGCCACUGCGAGGAGAGCAUCAAGCACCUGGUGAUUGCCGCCUCGUGCUUGGGUCUAUGUCGACGCCGCGGUGGACCGACCUCGGCCAGUGAAGACUUCACGUCCUUCCUCUUUCAUCACGGAAGAGCCUUGGCCUUGCUGAGCCGCGGUCAAUGGCAGAAAAAGCCUUCUGUUAUCCUGCUAGCGUGCCUGUUGUUGGUGCUUUGCGGACAGCUUCAGGACCGGGACGAUCUCGCCGCUCAACAUGCACAAGCAGGCAAGAAGAUCUUGGCAUCCCAUUAUAUUGAUGGAGGCCUUCAUUCUCAUGCUCACAUGAUAGACCCGGCAAUUGACGAGAUCGCCGUGGUUUUUUCGAAAUUGAACAUUGACCGUAAAGACGGUAGUAGUCUGCACAUGGCCAUGCCAGGGAUGCUAGGGCUGCCUGGACCACCGACGGAGCUCCCCACGACGACUCAGCAGCUCAUAUGGUCAUUCUGAAGUUGUAGCCCAGCUGCAUUCCCGGGUGGUUCUAUCUCGAUUUAUUCUUGGCUGUGAAGAACGAAGAUUGUUUGCUCUCGGCCUCGUGAAAGCACCUUUGAGUGGUACUCCGUACAACACGAGCAGGAGCAGUGUCAAGCAAUGGUUUACUGGUUACCACUUCAACACGGAGGAAAUAGUCGAAGCAUUGAUUACCGAGUGAAACUUGGGUGGCGCGUUCGACUCCAGCGUUUUGGUGUGAUAGAAAGGUAAUUUCUGUAUGUAUAUCUAUGAAUUGACCUCAGACGAAGUCUACUGUAACAAUGAAAAACAUACAAGUCAG